AAAAAUUAGGCGCUGAAUUAAGCCUAUGCCGAAUUGUUCACUGGAGAUCCAGAAAGGAGAGAGAAUCCCAGAGCACAUUGUCGUCCUUAUGCGUGACGUCGCUAAGAGCAAGAGUCCCAUGCAACCCAUCCUGCGCGUUGGCUCCACCCCUCGCGCUUCCCCCAUCGAUUUUUACACAAGUCCCGAGCAGAACUUUGUCGCAUCCCCACGAACCGCUGUCGGCCGAGUUAAACCAAGCAGGGAAGGUCUUCUCGCUAUACUCAGUGAGGCUAUAACGUUUUAAAUGUGCUGUGUGUGGUGAACCUCCAAGAUGUCGCACAAUAGUCAACCAGUGUCAUCUGCCGAUCCGGUGAAAAUGGUUGUAAAAUCCAACCAGGCUUCUAGUGGAAAUGUACAACAUAUUGCUACUAUCGGUCUGGCAGAAUUGGCCCAUCGUGAAUACCAGACAGGAGACUAUGAGAAUGCAGAGAAACACUGCAUGCAGCUGUGGCGUCAAGACCCCUCAAAUACAGCAGUGCUACUGCUGCUUUCAUCAAUCCACUUCCAGUGUAGACGCCUAGAUAAAUCAGCACACUUCUCAAUGUUAGCCAUCAAGAAUAAUCCCAUGCUUGCUGAAGCAUACAGCAACCUUGGGAAUGUCUACAAGGAGCGAGGGCAACUUCAGGAGGCCCUUGAAAAUUAUCGUCAUGCUGUCCGCCUGAAACCAGACUUUAUUGAUGGCUACAUCAACUUGGCAGCAGCAUUAGUUGCUGCCAAUGACAUGGAACAAGCUGUUCAGGCCUAUGUCUCUGCUCUACAGUAUAAUCCAAAAGCAGAGGACCUUUAUUGUGUACGAAGCGACCUGGGUAAUCUUUUAAAGGCCCUUGGAAGAUUAGAUGAAGCAAAGGCUUGCUACCUCAAGGCCAUAGAGACAAGACCAGACUUUGCUGUGGCAUGGAGCAACCUCGGAUGCGUCUUCAAUGCUCAGGGUGAAAUCUGGCUGGCAAUCCACCACUUUGAAAAGGCUGUGGCUCUUGAUCCAAACUUCUUGGAUGCGUACAUCAACCUCGGAAAUGUCUUAAAGGAGGCCAGGAUCUUUGACAGGGCAGUGGCUGCGUACUUGCGUGCACUGAACCUUUCUCCAAAUCAUGCAGUUGUGCAUGGUAACCUGGCCUGUGUAUACUAUGAACAAGGACUCAUUGACCUUGCCAUUGACACAUACCGGCGUGCCAUUGAGUUGCAACCCAACUUCCCAGAUGCCUAUUGUAACCUGGCUAAUGCACUUAAGGAGAAAGGACAGGUGACAGAGGCUGAAGAGUGCUAUAACACUGCUCUUCGACUGUGUCCUACUCAUGCUGACUCUCUGAACAAUUUGGCAAACAUCAAGAGGGAGCAGGGCUACACCGAGGAUGCAACUCGCCUCUACCUCAAGGCUCUGGAGGUGUUCCCUGAGUUUGCAGCUGCACACUCCAACCUGGCAUCCAUCCUGCAACAGCAAGGGAAGCUCAAUGAGGCACUCAUGCACUACAAGGAGGCAAUCCGCAUCCAGCCGACAUUUGCUGAUGCCUAUAGUAACAUGGGCAACACCCUCAAGGAAAUGCAGGACAUCCAAGGAGCCCUGCAGUGCUAUACCCGUGCCAUCCAGAUUAACCCUGCCUUUGCCGAUGCUCACUCCAACUUGGCCUCCAUCCACAAGGACUCUGGCAACAUUCCCGAGGCCAUACAGUCAUACCGAACAGCACUCAAGCUGAAGCCAGACUUUCCAGAUGCCUAUUGCAACCUUGCUCAUUGUUUGCAAAUUGUGUGUGACUGGACGGAUUAUGAUGCCCGUAUGAAAAAGCUGGUCAGCAUUGUGGGUGAACAGCUGGAGCGCAACCGCCUUCCGUCCGUGCAUCCACACCACUCCAUGCUGUACCCCUUGUCUCAUGAAUACCGCAAGGCUAUUGCCAAUAGACAUGCAAACCUGUGCAUGGAGAAGAUCAAUGUGUUGCACAAGCAACCAUACAAGUACCCAUCAGAGCUGACCUCAGAUGGCCGUAUCCGCAUUGGCUAUGUCUCCUCAGACUUUGGGAAUCAUCCUACAUCUCACCUUAUGCAGAGCAUCCCAGGAUUACAUGAUAAGAGCCGUGUUGAGAUCUUUUGCUAUGCUCUUAGCCCAGAUGAUGGGACCACAUUCAGGAGUAAGAUCACCCGAGAGGCAGAGCACUUCAUUGACCUGUCUCAGAUUCCCUGCAAUGGCAAGGCUGCUGAUCGCAUCAACCAGGAUGGCAUUCACAUUCUUGUCAACAUGAAUGGAUAUACCAAGGGUGCUCGCAAUGAGAUCUUUGCUCUGCGUCCUGCCCCUGUCCAGGUGAUGUGGCUUGGUUACCCUGGCACAAGUGGUGCCCCCUUCAUGGACUACCUCAUCACAGACCGAAUCACAUCACCUAUGAAGCUUGCUACACAAUACAGUGAAAAACUUGCCUUCAUGCCAGAUACAUUCUUUGUUGGAGACCACAAACACAUGUUCCCACACCUGAAGGAGAGGGUUCUAAUUGAGUCUGUUGACAACCCUAAGCUGUUAAACAAUGAAGGCAUCAAGGACACAGUAGCACUCAUCAAUACGACUGAUUUGAGCCCAGUGAUUGAGAGUGCAGAAGUGAUGACGAUUAAGGAAGUAGUAAAUCCAGCAACUACUAAGGAAUCAGUAGAGGUUGCUGUUACUGUAGCGCAGCUGCCCAGCACAGCACCAAUUGAGAGCAUGAUCCAAGCUGGCCAGGUACAGGCAACAGUUAAUGGGCUGCUUGUGCAGAAUGGACUGGCCACAACACAAAUGAACAACAAAGCUGCCACUGGAGAGGAACCACCACAGAACAUCCUUGUAACCACUCGGAAGCAGUAUGGCCUGCCAGAGGAUGCAGUCAUUUACUGUAACUUCAACCAGUUGUACAAGAUUGAUCCUUCAACACUACAGAUGUGGUGCAAUAUUUUGAAACGUGUACCAAAGUCAGUUGUAUGGCUCCUGCGGUUCCCAGCUCAUGGAGAAGCUAAUAUCCUAGCACAAGCACAACAACUGGGCGUUGGUGCUGGAAGGAUCAUAUUUUCUAAUGUAGCUGCUAAAGAAGAACAUGUACGCAGAGGGCAGCUGGCUGAUGUGUGUUUAGAUACUCCCUUGUGUAAUGGACACACGACAGGUAUGGACGUUUUGUGGGCAGGUACUCCUAUGAUUACACUGUCUGGAGAAACCUUGGCAUCCAGAGUUGCAGCUUCCCAACUCCACUGCUUAGGGUGUCCAGAGCUUGUAGCACAAACCAGACAGGAGUAUGAGGACAUUGCCUGUAAACUAGGGAAUGAUCGUGAAUACCUAAAAGCCACGAGAGCUAAAGUAUGGAAGGCUCGCAUCGACUCCCCUCUGUUUGAUUGCAAGACAUAUGCAACCAAUCUAGAACGUCUCUUUGGGCGUAUGUGGAAGAAAUAUAGUGGUGGAGAGAAGCCAGACCACAUCACUGAGUGGUAAUUGAAGAUAAGAUAUUUAUUGAGAUUCAGGAUGGAGUAUUUAUUUAUUUCAGUAGGAUUUACUCACCUUGAAAAUGUAAAAUGAUGUUGCAUUGCCCGCAAUCACACCGACUUACCAGUCAUUUGUUGCAACUAAGGAAGUGAAUUGAUUAGAGAAUUAUCCAGCACCAACUAUGAAUUAAAUGUGAUAUUAGUUAUUUCAGAUCAAUGCCAUAAUUGUUACAAUGCACCAGUGCAGAACUGAUGUUACUUGUUGUAUACAGGCCAGUUGACCAUUGACACAGUGGAUUCCAGCUUCUUUAUAUAUCCAGUACUACUUUGUCAUUAACUUGUGUAACUCAAAGUAGAUGUUUUUAGCUAGACAUUUUUGAUAUUUCAAAAUAUAUGAUCUUGUUAAUGGUCAACGAUCAUGGGGAUCAAACCUGUUAGAAAUUGAAAUGAUACAAGGCAUAUGCUGAUCAAUAAAAGAUUGCGUGGAUUUAAUAUUAUGAACAAGCUGUAAAUAAAACCUAAGUUUUCUUUUAGGAAUAAGCAUGCUUCAAAAGGCUCAGGAGUCUUCAAGUGUGUGUGUGUGCGUGUGUGUAUAGGGUUCUAUCAUUUUUCCACUUAAUUUUUUUUGUCAUUUAUUUUUUAUGUAUUAAGACAGGGAUAUUUCUACAUGUAAAGAUAGUUCUAUCCGUGUUUAUUUGUGAUAUUUUUUAUAGUUAUAUUUUUUAUUUUUGGCAAGUUCUGCAAUUAGUGAGAAUAGAUAUCCAUAUGUACAUUCUAAGAUAACAUUUCAUAAUUACCAGAGGCAUUAGUGAUAAUUUUUCCUCAUCCCAAAGAAUGUGCACCAUUACCAUGUACAUAAUGACAAGGCUCCAUUAUCUUUUUUGAACAUGGUAAAUAAUAGCUAUCAAUAUCAAUAUUCAAAUAUAUUUUUUAAAUGCCCUUACAACAGAUUGAAAGGUAACCAUGAAUAAAAAGCUUGUCUCACAGAUCUGGUUGUGGGGCAGUUUUAGGUUGUCUUGUUAACUGUGGGUGCUAAAGAUUUGAAAAUUUCAUUUAUUUGUAUGCCAACAAAGUUAUUGGUAGGUGAAAAGCAUGUUCACUCUGUUGUAGAGGCAGGUGAAGCAGUCUCUUGAUAUAAAGGGAGUAAACAUUUGAAAGAAUAUGUAUUUUUUUUGUGUAUGGGACAGUUUAUAUGUAAAAUUUGAACUUAGACAGGUUGAUAAGGGAUCUAAAUAAUGUUUAGUAAUACAUUUCAUCAUGCAAGGUGUGAUAAAAGUGUCCUUGUGAGACACUGGAUGACAAAUAUCCAGGUGUUGACUAACACAGGUUUGAUUUGUCAUAGAAGUUCCUUGCACUAAGUGAUACCAUUAUCAAGCAUUACAGUUGUAAGUGGACGUGUGACAUCUGUUUGUUUCUUGUUAAAGAAGUGUUUCUUUUUGUAUUAGUAGCCCAGUAUUCUCACUCUGAAAAUGAAUAUUUGAGCAUUGUCCUCCAUAAAGAAGAAAUGCACUUUUGGGCUUGGACAAUGGCGAGUACACCAACUAAGGGCGUUUCAUCCCUUGCAUCACUGUAGAUUUUGGUUUGCUCCAUUCUUGCUGUAGAUUUCUCCAUCUCUCCUCUUUUCUUCCUCCCCUCUCUGGAGACUUGGCAGGAGUAGUAUUUUUACAAAGAUAGGAUGCUGCAGUGUUUCUCUAAGUUUGUUUAUACAUCUUGUUUUCCUAUGUGUAUAUAUAUAUAUAUUUUUUAUGUUUCCUCAGGACUCCAAAGAAAUUGAAAAUGAUUUAAUGGAAGUUCACAGAGAGGGGAUGCAUAAAAAGUCUGUAAAUUGUUCUUUGCUUUUCAAAAAUAAAAUACAAACAAAGCAAGGAGUUAUCAUUAACUUUGUACUCUAUAUCACAAGAAACAAAGUUCUAAGUAUA